GAACUAUACCAGUAUCAGGCCAAAAUGUCCGAACACCGAUAUCAUCGAUCACCCCUGUGGAGCACGCAGCACAGCCAGUGUGUUAGCUUGAAUGUAGCGGUGAUGAUUUGUCAAACUUCCAGAUAACCUGCAGCCACGCAAACAUGACGGACUACGCCGAAGAGCAAAGAAAUGAACUCGAAGCUAUAGAGUCCAUCUACCCAGACUCUUUCACAGUGCUUUCAGACGAUCCCACCAGCUUCACCAUCACUGUAACGUCAGAUGCAGGGGAAAAUGGUGAAAUUGUUGAAGCAACGCUUAAGUUCACGUACAUAGAGAAAUACCCAGAUGAGCCUCCGCUGUGGGAGAUCCACUCCCAGGAGAACCUGGAGGACAGCGAUGUGGAGGACAUCCUCACCUUACUGCAGCAGCAGGCAGAAGAAAACCUGGGCAUGGUGAUGAUCUUCACCCUGGUGACUGCCGUUCAGGAGAAACUUAAUGAAAUAGUGGACCUGAUGAAAAACAGACGAGAGGAGGAGAAACGGCGGAAAGAGGAGGAGGCAGAGGAAGCAGAGAAGGUGUUGUUCCAGGGCACGGUGGUAACCAUUGAAAACUUCCUGUUGUGGAAAGCCAGGUUUGAGCUGGAGGUGACCGAGCUGAGGAAGAGAAGACAGAAAGAGGAGGAGCAGGGAGGAAAGCUCAAACUCACCGGUAAACAGCUGUUUGAGACAGACCACAACCUGGACACGUCCGACAUUCAGUUCCUUGAAGAAGCUGGGAACAACGUCGAAGUGGAUGAGUCGCUCUUCCAGGACAUUGAGGACUUGGACUUGGACGAGGACGACCCAGACUUUGACCCUUUAGAGAUGGGGAGUGAUGAGGACUGAAACAGGAUUAGGACAGAGGACUGACAGGAGCCACACCUGCUCCUCCCUGGGAUACGAUCAUCUGAACAGACACAUUUAUUUUUGAAAGACUCUUAACAACAGUUGACGAGGGAAUCUUCUUAAAUACAACUAAUUCACACACACACACACACACACACACACACACACACACACACACACACACACACACACACACACACCAACGAGUGUUCAUUUCUAUGCCUAAACAAUUAAAUUGACAGAAUAAACGUGUGACUCGGCUCUGGUGCUAUUUGACAUGCAGGACGUCCCAAUGACAGGCCUGCUACUUGACCAGAAGAGGGCAGUAUAAUCACGUAUAGACAGGGAGUAAAAUAAGUAUUUAGAUGUUUUUCUGGCAUGAAAGUAGCAAUAUACAUCAUUACAAGUGAGACUGCUGCAUUCACACUCUUAUUUAAAGUAACAGUGUUGGAAGCAAAAUAUACAAUAUAAAAUAUCAACUAUGAAAAUGAAAAGCACUUAUUAUGUAGCGUUUUAGGACAUGGUUUUAUUAAAGAUGUGGCCAGCAUUUUUAUGUUGUAGGUAGUUCAGGGUGAGGUUCUUUUAAACACUUAUCUUUUUGUUGAAUUAUUUCUUCAAAUGUACAUCAUGUUUUAUAAACAUCUUACAUAAAAUUUUAUAAAUUGACCAUGUGGUCGGUAUUUAAAAACGUUAUCUGCAAAGUAAUAAGUAACUGUAGCUGUCAUAUGAAGGAGGUGGAGUUAAACACAUAUAGUAUUUGCUUCUGAAAUGUGGGCAGUAAAAUUGUACCUGCAAAUACUGACAAUAUUACCAGGUUAAUAGGUUCUUAAAAUAACUAGCAGAUAUCACCAUGAAAAAUUCCCCAUUUGAUUACUUACAUUAAGACAAUAAUUGUUUUCUUAUUUACAAUUUUUUAGAAAAUGUAUAUGUAGAUUAAUAUGCAAAUUAGGAAUUAUUUUAUCAUAUAUGGGGUAAUUUGUAUAUAUUUCCAGAGCAGAAAUCUGAACAUUGGAUAAAGACGGGUUCAAAGUUCUUGUUUCAUUUUCUUGACAUAUUAGAAUCAAAGGUUUUUACAGAGGGAAUUUUCGAUAUCGCUAUCUAUCACUCCAUAAGUCAGAAAAUACUGUCAUUAGCCAUGAAAAAAAGGAAUACAUUUUAAGGGGUUCUGUUUAGGAACAUUUUGUAUAAAUCAGGCUGUGAAUGAUAUAUGAACACACCCCUCUGUACAAACCUUCAGAAUAUAGAUAGGAAUGAAACUGGAAAGUUAGGUUGAUGUAAGUGCUACUCAAGUGGAGAUUUCUGGCUCACAGUCUGAGAAAAAGCUAAUUUACUAAAUUACUACAGGAGAAUAGGAUAAAAAAAAAAUGACCUAAUAGUUAUCACCAGUGUAUUACUUACAUAAAAACAUUUUUGUUCACUUCAAUUUUCCUGAAAUGUUAUGUUUGAAUAUGUAAAUGAGGCAUUUUGCAAACUUUUGGGGAAUUCAGGAGAACUCUAUAGAUGCAAAUAGUAGUCAAAUAAACACCUUAAUGUGUAUUUUGGAUGUUUUCUUUCCACUAGUCUGAAAGAAGUCAUGAAAUGCGCCAAAAUUGACAAGUGCAUAGAAAACAAU